AUGGCUUCUUCUAGAGCUUCGGCGACGGCGACCAAAACCCCUACUAGGACUCCUGAAGACACAGCUUCCCCUGUGGUAAAGAAGCCUCAUAUCUAUUAUGGCAGUUUGGAAGAGAAGGAGAAAGAGCGUCUUGCAAGAGGGGAGUCCGGAUUGUUGGGAAAAGAAGGAAUUAAAGCUGGAAUUGAGGCUGGAAAUAUUAACAUAACUUCUGGAGAGGUGUUUGAAAUUGAAGAACAUAUCAGUGAAAGACAAGCAGAAGUGUUGGCUGAGUUUGAGCGAAGAAAGCGAGCCAGGCAAAUCAAUGUCUCCACUGAUGACUCAGAAGUCAAGGCUUGCCUUCGAGCCUUGGAGGAACCAAUCACACUCUUUGGAGAGGGCCCUGCCGAAAGGAGAGAGAGAUUGAGAAAUAUUCUCUCUGUGGUUGGCACAGAUGCCUUGAAAAAGACCAAAAAAGAUGAUGAAAAAUCCAAAAAGUCCAAAGAAGAGUAUCAGCAAACCUGGUACCAUGAAGGAUCCAACAACCUGAAGACUGCAAGGCUAUGGAUUGCUAAUUAUUCACUACCCAGGGCAAUGAAGCGCUUGGAGGAAGCCCGUCUCCAUAAAGAGAUUCCAGAGACAUCUAGGACAUCACAGAAGCAGGAACUGCACAAAUCUCUUCGGUCUUUGAAUAACUUCUGCAGCCAGAUUGGAGAUGAUCGUCCCAUAUCUUAUUGUAAUUUCAGUCCGAAUUCCAAACUACUGGCCACAGCUUGUUGGAGUGGACUGUGCAAACUGUGGUCUGUCCCUGAUUGCAGCCUCUUGCACACCCUAAGAGGCCAUAAUACUAAUGUAGGAGCAAUUGUUUUCCACCCCAAAUCCACUGUAUCUUUGGACAAGAAAGAUGUCAACCUAGCUUCUUGUGCUGCUGAUGGGUCUGUGAAACUGUGGAGUCUGGAGAGUGAUGAGCCAGUGGCAGAUAUUGAAGGCCAUUCAGUAAGGGUGGCGAGAGUGAUGUGGCAUCCUUCAGGACGUUUUCUGGGCACCACCUGCUAUGAUCGAUCCUGGCGCCUAUGGGACUUGGAGGCCCAGGAAGAAAUUCUACACCAGGAGGGCCACAGCAUGGGAGUAUAUGACAUUGCCUUCCACCAGGAUGGUUCUUUGGCUGGCACUGGGGGACUGGAUGCCUUUGGUCGUGUAUGGGACCUCCGCACAGGACGAUGCAUCAUGUUCCUAGAGGGCCACCUGAAGGAGAUUUAUGGCAUCAACUUUUCACCAAAUGGAUACCAUAUUGCAACUGGCAGUGGUGACAACACAUGCAAAGUGUGGGACCUGCGGCAGAGGCGUUGUGUCUACACCAUCCCUGCUCACCAGAACUUGGUAACUGGAGUCAAGUUUGAGCCUAUCCAUGGGAAUUUCUUACUCACUGGUGCCUAUGACAACACAGCCAAGAUCUGGACACAUCCUGGUUGGUCCCCACUGAAGACCCUGGCUGGCCAUGAGGGGAAAGUAAUGGGCUUAGAUAUUUCCUCUGAUGGUCAGCUUAUAGCCACUUGUUCCUAUGAUAGAACCUUCAAACUCUGGAUGGCUGAAUAGACCCAGUCUGUUGACAUGAUUCUCUAACUUAGAUGUCUGGUCCCAAGCACUCUGGUCAGAAGAAGGGAAUCUGGAAAACAGGGAUAAUUAUAACACCUGCCUUACAGGAUUGUUGUGAGGCUCAAAUGAGAAACAUUUGUAAAGUGCUUUCUAAACCUUAAAGCCCUAUAUAAAUGCUAGCUAUAUUAUGUUUUCUUAUAUGUGUACAUGUUGUAUCAAUAGAACUGGUGUUCCUUGAGCACAGGGACUGUUUUUCUCUUUUGUCUU